AAUUAAUAAAAUAAUCAAUUGGAAGAUAAAUGUGUGCAUACUUGUUAAAAGUGGACAAAGUGAUUCGUCAGUUUUUAAAAGAGAAUGCCUCGCACUUUAGGCUAGUGGAGGAAGGUUUAAAAGCUUUGGCGCUGCUGGAAACAGGAAAAGACAGCGAUAUCAGAGCAGAAGCAAUAAGUUCCUUUCUCGGCGUUUUGUCUCUAUACAAGGACGUUGGAGAGCUAAACUUAGCCUUCCCUGUUGCUGUCUCGCAAGCAAGCUCUACAAAAAGUCCAAAUGUUCUCAUAUUCCGUCUCGCACUGACGCUUCGAAUCAUUCAAAACCUGGAAGUCCUGAUUGAGAUGAUAACUGUCAAGAAGCUAGGUCAGGACAACAAGUGUGCAACUCUAUUCCUUGUUGAGCUGUCAAAAGCAAUUAUUCGACUUACUAUCUACUUGCAAAGAGAAGAAUCUUUUUACAGCAAGUUAUUUGAGAGCUUACAAGUUGCAACUUAUAGUGAGUGCAUCUGUGGUAGAAAGCAACCUCGAUUGGGACUAAAAAGAUGGCACUACUAUUGUGGGGAACGAAGCGGAAGAAGAAUAUAUAGGCUCUCAAGUCUAAGAGAACAGAAAUCGUGCAAAAGUAUGGAAGAAAUUUUUGACAUUGUUUCUGAAAGUCGAAGUAAUAUGGAGCAAAGAUGGGUUUUGCAAUAUUUAUGUCCUUUGUGUUCAAAGGAACUCAAUGUGGAAUCCAGUUCCACCUCUUCUUCGAGGCUUCUAAGUGUUCAUACUGAUGAAGAAAGUGCUCGCCAAUUAAUGAAUUACAUUGGAGAAACACUUUCUAUUUUUCGUCCCGCUCUUCAUGUCUUGUUAGCAUGGAAGUACGGCUGGCGUUCAUGGAAGCCCUGGUGUUUGGCACUUGUUUGUGAGUUGGCGAGUUCUCAUUUGCUAUCUAGUUAUAUUCGCUCCAAUCAAGAUGCACAGACGAAAGAAUUGUCAACCGAGGUUAUGAACAGGCGAAUUGCUCUGUUGUAUUACCUUAUUCGAAGUCCACUAUUUGAUGUGCUACUUGAGAGUAAGAUUACUAAGGCUCGAGAAAGAACUAGGCAAGUCUUUGUUUUGGCUACUGGUUCUAUAUAAGUGCUUCAUAAGAGAAUGAAU